ACCUAAAAUGUUAUAAUCCUGCCGUCAAUCACAACAAAAACCGACGCGGCAACAAAACUUUAAUUCAUUUAUUAAUUCCAAUACUUGUAAUUGGAUAAUAAUAAUAGCAAAAAUUAUUUGUGUUUAGGUUAAUGGUUUGUUUACUUAAAAUGUUUGAUAAUAAUAAUAUCGGAAUUAUUAUUAUUUAAUAUUUUAAUAUUUAUUAUUAUCAACAAUGGGAGAUAUACGCGCGGGAUUAGACGAAUUGAAACUUGACGUCGCUUUAUUUGCUGAUGUUAAAUUUUAUGUCACUGGACGUGCUGACCCUAAGGUGCUGUCGCUGCUCCACAAAGGCGGCGCGGAACAUUCGAACUACUUCAGUGACUUCGUGACCCACUUGAUAGCUGGCGAAGAGCCUGCCGAGAACGAGCUAUUCGAAGCCAAAGAUAUCUACGAGAUCCCCGCGGUGACUCAGAACUGGGUCCUGCAGUCUGCGAAAUGCAAGCAGCUGCUGCCGACCCACUACUUUUCUGCCCAGGAGAACCAGCUGUUCAGUUCAGUCAGGAUUUCCACCAGUCUGGUGUCUUCCAGAGACAUCGAGUCACUAUGGGCGAUGGUAGUCUUGCAGGGCGGUCACUUCCAAUCGCGCUUGGAUCGGACUGUCACCCAUCUGGUGGCUGGUAAAGCAUCAGGAGCCAAGUACGAGACAGCACUCAACCGGGGAAUCAAAGUAGUGACCCCAGAUUGGGUGACCGAGUGCUGCCGGACCCGGACGUUGGUUGAUGAGACCGAGUAUCAUCCGCGGUUGCUGGUCUACCCCUCGCCCAGUUCCAUCGGCCUGAUUACUGGAUUCAUUGACCAGGAAGAGGACAAUGACGAUGACGAUGACGAGGAUGACGAAGACAAUGACGAAGACAAGACCCUGGCUGAUGUCCUAAAGACCAGAUUACCUUGGGAACAAUCUGGUUCCUAUGGAAUGGCUGUACCAGUUCAACAAGUCCAGCAGAUCCAACAAAUUCACGUACCGGUUCAACAAGUCCAGCAAGUCCAAGUCCAGGUUCCAGUUCAGCAGGUCCAGGUCCAGCAGCAAGUCCAGCAAGUCCAGGUCCAACAAGUUCAGCUUCAACAGAUUCAGCAAGUCCAAGUCCAGGUGCCAGUUCAGCAGGUCCAGGUUCAGCAGCAAGUGCAGGUCCAAGUCCAGCAACAAAUCCAACCACAAUCACCAUCACAGUCACCUCAAUACCAACGUCCAGCAACUAGUUUACCAGCAUACAGUUCUUCCAACAUAAACCCAACUUGGACGACAUCUAAAUCUGUUCAGGAAUUACAGAGUCCGAUUAUUCAGCAGCAGAUUCAUCAGCAGCAGCAGCAGCAGCAAAUAAGUCAGCAGUCAAUUCAAUUGCAAUCAUUCAAUCAAGUGAAUCAGCAUCAAGUCAUGAUUGCGCAGCCUCAGCAACAAAUUCCUAUUCAGCAGCACCAACAAAUUGCACAAAAACAAAUAAAUCUUCAGCAGCAACAAAUUGGACAGCAACUGAAUCAACAACAACAGCAGCAGCAAUUAAAUCAGCAGCAGCAAUUAAACCAGCAGCAGCAGCAAAUAAAUCAACAGCAGCAAAUAAAUCAGCAACAAAUGGGCCCACCGCAAUUAAAUAUACAACACAUUCAGCAGCAGAUGAUUCAGCAGCCGAUUCAUCAGCAAUCAGCGAUGCAGCAGCAAUCAGCAAUUCAGCAGCAAUCAGCAAUUCAGCAGCAGCCAAUCCAACAGCAACAACAAAUCCAGCAGCCAAUUAUUCAGCAACAAAUUCAGCAACCGCAGCAGUCACCAAUUCAGCAACAAAUUCAGGAACCACAACAACCUCCAAUUCAACAACAGCAACAAUUGACACCUGAACAACGUCAGCAAUUGCUGCUGAUUCAGCAACAGCAGCAACAACAAAAAAUCCAACAAAUAUCCCAGCAGUUGCAGCAAUCAGCUCCACAGACCCAAUUUAUCGUCCGCGAAGCCGCGAUUCAGCAACAACCGACCCAACAGUCCCAGCAGCAGCCUCAGCAACAGCAACAAAACCAGAGUUUUAUUGUCAAUCGGGAAACGUGGCAGCAGCAGCAGUAUCACCUGCAGCUGCAGCGUCAGCAGCAGUUGGGUCAGCAACGACCUGCUGGUCAGUGGGUCCAGCCACCGCAGCCACUGAGACAGCUGAUACAUUUAGAUGCGCAGACGCAUCAGAAGCUCCAGCAGAUGGACCCUCAGCAGCGGGCCCAAGUAAUUCAGAAAAUUCAGAAGUCGAGGACUCUGAUGCUGCAGCAGCAGCAGCAACUGAACCGACAGGCGCAUCCGGCGAUAAUCAGGACCGCGGGUGUUGCUGGAGCUGCGGGGACUCAACCGGUCCAGUGGGUCCAGAGGGGGCAGAUCAUAAACCAGAAGCCUAUGCCUGGUCAGCCACCAGCACUGGCGCCGAUAAAUUCGAAUCAGGUGAUCCAGGUCCAGCCUGCGACUCCUGUCGCUCAGGCGCAACCUGCCCAGACUUUUCAGGGCCAGUUGACUCCCCAGCAACUUGCGCAUCUUCAUCUGCAGAAGCAGCAACAGAUGGCUCGGCUUCAGCAAAUGCAUUUGCAGCAACAGCAGCAAGAAACCAUGACACCACUGGCGAAUCCAGUCGCUGCCCAGAUGCCUGCUGAGCAGUUGGUCGUCAACGCAAAGACCAAAACCGCUCUUGCUAAUAUGCUGACCAACAGACUGCAAGGUGGAGCUGCUGAGGGCAGUGCUGCUGGACAAUUGAGGCUUAUGACUGCCCAGCAUCGGGCCCCACCUCCGCCUUCCCAGGACCCAGCACUUCUUGCUGCCUACCAGAGACGUACUCUAGGGAACAUAACCAACGGCGCAGCAGCUGGAAUAAAAAUGUACACCCAGCAGGUCCAGCAGCCCAAGGCCCAGUUCUACGGCCACAACCCCAACCUAAAACUACCCCCCGACCUCUGCUUACUCGGUUGCAUCUUCGUGAUAGUAGAAUACGAGUCCCAUUACACAGCCACCGAAGUAUCAAACUGGCGACAAGUCAUCGAGCGACACGGGGGUGAAGUAGAGCCCGAAUACUGUCCCCGCGCGACCCACGUCCUAGCGAUCACCCAGAAACACCCAAUAGUAGUCCAGGCCCUGCGUGACGGCAAGCGAUGCGUCAACGCCCAUUGGCUGUCGGACGUCGUCAGCAAGCAGCAGGUCCUUCCCCCCUGGCACGCGAUCCACUUCCCCAUUCCCUACGAGGUCGCCGAGAAACCCUUGGCCCAGCACAACAUUUCCUUCACCGGUUUCGAAGGCGACGAGCGCGUGAAAGUUAAAGCGAUGCUCGACCUCCUAGAGGUCCAGUACACAAAGUACUUUUCCCGGCACAACACGAUCCUCAUCUGCCGGAAACCCGAAGGUCCAAAGUACAAAAAGGCCAAGGAGUGGUCAGUUCCCUGCGUCAACGUCCAGUGGCUGAUGGACAUAAUCUGCGGGCAGGUCGCGGCCCUCCACCAACUGGACCAACCCAAGUACCAGCAGUUCAGCGUCAGCAAUCCCUUCCGACUCGACUACUCGCUGGUCCCCCACCUGAUGACCGCCUGGAAAAUGCCCAUCAACAUCACCCAGGAGUCCUACGACAAAGUAAAGGCCGUCGGUCAAGGCCCCAAUGCCCGGAGGAACAAAAAGCCUCGGCUCGACGUCUCUCUGAACAAAGACCCCCAGCUUAUGGGCCUGGACGAGCCCAUCGUCGUGACGAAUCCCGACCCCCCGAGUCCUGACAGGCAGCCCCGGAUCCUCUUCAGUGGAACGAAUCCCAGAAAACACGCGAAGAGGAUCAGGGAAUUGGGCGGAACUCUUGCCGCUAAUUGGCGGGACGCGACCCAUCUGGUGAUGAACGCCCCCUACCGGACGGUCAAAUUCCUCUGCUGUCUCAGCCGCUGCAAGUUCAUCGUCAGCGUCCAGUGGCUGCUGGAAUGCUUCGCCAGGAACACUUUCGUCGACGAGAAGGGCUACGGGCUAGACAAUGACGAGUUUGAGAAAAACUUUAACUGCAAUAUCGAGAAGGCCCUCGUUAGUCCCAACCGAGGCUCUGUACUUAAGGGUAAAACUUUCUAUGUAACGCCGAGUGUCGUACCGGCGCCUUCGGCAUUCGCUGAAAUAAUUGAAAGCGCUGGCGGGACUUUUGAAAAAACAAGACGUUCACUUGCGCAGAUACAGGAAAUAAAUGCCAACAAGAUGAACUAUAUUAUUAUUACGCAGGCUAACGAUCUGCACUUACUCAGUGAUGUACUUCGUGCUAAUAUCGGUGUGUACAGUGCUGAAGUCGUACUAGGUUCAAUAUGUCGUCAAUCUUUCCAACUGGAAACAUCACAAAUCUGAGCGUAGCUCUUACUUUUAUAAGUAAUUGAAAAUAUAAUUUUUCGAGUUAAACAAUAUCUUGAAAAUCAACAAGUCUUUUCCAGAGUUAUUUUUAAAAAAUACAGAAUGAAAAUUAUAUAUAAAUAAAUAAAUGAAUAUAUAUUAUAUUAAUAUAAGGGGACAAUAAAAAAUACUUUUAUCAUA